AUGACCCAUGAAAAUGUGCCCAACCACGAACUCUGCACUCAUAGAAUCUCAGACAAUUCCAGAAAGAUGUACUGUUUUGUGAGAAUUAACCAGAUUUUUUUCCUAACUUGUUGGUGCCUCGAGGAGGUGAUCACCUGGGCUCGCAUGAGUUUCAAGCCAGUGAAGUCGAGAUCACUCGUGCUGAAGAAAGGGAAAGCCAUCAACAAGUUCCACUUCACACUGGGGAGUACUCAGAUACUAUCUAUCACCGAGAAACCUGUGAAGAGUCUGGGGAAAGUCUUUGACUGCAGCCUAAGAGACACUGCAUCCAUUCGAGCCACCAACCAAGAACUGGAAGCCUGGCUAACUGCAGUGGACAAGUCCGGUCUGCCUGGCAAGUUCAAGGCCUGGAUUUACCAACAUGGCAUCCUCCCACUAAUUCUCUGGCCCCUCUUGGUCUAUGAUGUCCCAAUAUCCACAGUGGAGGGCUUUGAGAGGAGGGUCAGCAGGUUCCUACUGAAGUGGCUCCAACUACCACGGAGCCUGAGCAGCAUCGCUCUGUACGGGCAGAACAACAAGCUGAAGCUCCCGUUCAGCAGCCUGAAUGAAGAGUUCAUGGUUACCCGUACUAGAGAGGUGCUGCAAUACCGGGAGUCCUGCGACCCAAAAGUCUCCCAGGCUGGGAUUGAGGUCGUCAGGACGGGACGGAAGUGGAAGGCUGCAGAGGCUGUCGAUGUCGCUGAGGCACAGCUAAGGCACAGGGUGCUGGUGGGCACAGUGGCUCGUGGAAGAGCUGGCCUGGGUAGCAGCAAAACACCUCGCUACAACAAGGCACAGGGAAAGGACAAGAGGUCACUGAUCCAAGAGGAGGUGAGAGCAGCAGUCGAAGAUCAGCGAACAAGCAGGAUGGUUGGUAUGCGGCAACAGGGAGCCUGGACGAGAUGGGAGCAAGCCGUGGAGCGCAAGGUCUCAUGGACCAAGCUGUGGAAAGCUGAGCCCCACCGAAUAAAAUUCUUAAUCCAGGCUGUCUAUGACGUUUUGCCAAGCCCAUCGAACUUGUUUUCCUGGGGCAUGGUUGAGUCACCAGCGUGCCCUUUGUGCCUUAAGAGAGGGACCCUGGAGCACAUCCUCAGCUGCUGUUCAAAAGCCCUGGGCGAGGGGCGCUACCGCUGGCGCCACGACCAAGUUCUGAUUGUUGAAAGACCCGAAACACCCAAUGACCCCAGGUUACAUCACUGA